AUGGCUCUGUCCUGCACAUUGAGGCUGCAACGCCGGCACCUUCACCUUUCGAGUGGUCUCCUGAGCAGCUUGCCCGGGCAGUACCGCCGCCUGCCAACAGAAACAGCAGCAAAACGGAAGGAGGAGGCCAAGGAGGGCUGCAGACUGCCGGAUUCCUCCUGGGAGAAGAGGGACGCGAAUGCAGUGACUCCGCUGUGGAGGCUUCCCUAUCAAGAGCAACUGCAGGUGAAGUAUGAAAGCCAGAGGAAGAUUCUGCAGACACUGGCAUCUCAUCUGAAGGAGCUGGGCAUAGAUGUGCAGAAACCUGGUGGACUCUGCUGUCCUCUCCAGCCUGUAGUUUCUUCACCCGUCAUUCACGGCUACCGAAACAAAUCUACUUUCUCUGUGAACCGAGGACCAGAUGGGAACCCCAAAACCGUGGGGUUGUAUGUGGGAACUGGCAGAGCAAGAAAUAUUGUCUGUGUGAAUGCCAACCACAUGGAGAACAUACCCCAAAAACACAAGCAAGUAGCCCAGUGCUACGAGGAGUUCAUCCGUCGCUCCCCCCUGGACCCCUGCAUCCUCUUCCAUGAAGGCGGACACUGGCGGGAGCUCGUGGUCCGCACCACCAGCCAUGGCCACACCAUGGCUGUCGUCACCUUCCACCCCCAGCAGCUGGGCCCGGAGGCCCUGGCUGCUCAGAAAGCAUCACUUAAGGAUUUCUUUACCUGUGGACCUGGAACUGUCUGUGACUUGACUUCACUUUAUUUCCAAGAGAGCACCAUGACACGCUGCUCCCAUGAGCAGUCCCCCUUCCAGCUCCUCCACGGAGAACUGCACAUCUUUGAAGAAAUGCUGGGCCUGAAGUUUCGCAUCUCUCCAGAUGCUUUUUUCCAAGUCAACACAAGUGGAGCAGAACUUCUGUACCGGGCAGUUGGGGAGCUGAGUCAGGCUGGUGGGGACACCGUCCUCCUCGACAUCUGCUGUGGGACGGGCACAAUUGGUCUCUCUCUGGCUCACCAAGCAUCCAAGAUUAUUGGUGUUGAGGUGGUAGAGAAGGCAGUAGAGGAUGCCAGGUGGAAUGCAGCGUUCAAUGGAAUUUCAAACUGCGAGUUUCACAGUGGAAAGGCAGAGGCCGUGUUACCACAGCUCCUGUCGUCGUGGGAGGAUGCCCGACCCCUUGUUGCUGUGGUGAACCCAUCGCGGGCUGGGCUCCAUCACAGGGUUGUGCGAGCCAUCCGAAACUGCGAGUCCAUCCGAAGGCUUCUCUACAUCUCAUGCAAGCCAGAAGGUGAAGCCAUGAGGAACUUUCUUGAGCUGUGCUGCCCACCUGACCCAGGGAAGAAGCUGGCAGGAAAGCCAUUUAUCCCUGCGUUGGCCAUCCCUUUUGACUUGUUUCCUCAUACUCUUCACUGUGAGCUGGUGCUGCUGUUCACCCGCUGA